AUGAAGACGUUUGCGUUACACAACCUCCAUAAAGCUCUCUACGGACUAAAGCAGACUCCUCGGGCAUGGUACAACGAGCUAUGCCGCUUCCUUGUAGCUUCCGGGUUUGUCGACUCUCUAUCGGACACUUCCUUAUUCAUCUUUAACCGUCAAAAUGUCAUUAUCUAUCUUCUGGUGUACAUUGAUGAUAUCGUAAUCACGGGAAAUGAUGCUAAGGAGGGUCAGCAGUUCAUCGACCCUCUCGCUAGUCGGUUUUCUCUAAAAGACCUUGGCACACUCUCGUUCUUCCUCGGUGUCGAGGUGAAUCGCACACCGAAGGGUCUGCUCCUCACUCAACGUCGCUAUAUCAGUGAUGUCUUAUCACGACACCAUAUGAAUGAAGCGAAACCGGCUCCGACUCCGCUUCCAUCUACCUCGGCUCUUCAUCUCCAUUCCGGCACCGAGCUUGAUGAUCCCAUGGAGUACAAGCAGCUGUCACAGUUCAUGCACCGACCAACAACCAAUCACUGGCAAGCGCUCAAGCGUGUUCUUCAGUACUUAAGUGGCUCACGGUCUCUUGGAGUCUUUCUCUCGAACUCGUCCACUCUUGCCCUCCAUGCAUUUUCGGAUGCCGAUUGGGGAGGAAACCGAGACGAUUACACUUCCACCGGAUCCCACAUUGUCUAUCUCGGCCGGAAUCCAGUUUCUUGA